AUGUAAGUCUAUGAAAUGAAUAAUGUAAGUAAAUCAUUCAAUAAAACUAAAGAUGUUAUUGUUAAUGAAGGUAAUGAUUAUUAUAUAUUCUUUCCAUAAUAAUAUAUAAAUUCAAAAUAAUUAUUAGUGAAUCGACACGAUAAAUAUGUUGAGUUUAUAAGAAAGACAGAAAAUGGUCAAUUUGAAAUUUAGUAAUCCAUUCAGUUUAAUACAAAAUGCAUAUUUGGAUCAUUAAGUGAUGAGGGAGACUAUUUAAUAACUUGGGAUGACUCAUCAAAAGAAAUAUAAAUUAGAAAAUACAGACAAGAAUGA